AUGGACGAGGAGCACCGAACAGUGGUCGACGAAGACGACGAAGCCGAAAGGGCGCCUGAGCCCCUGAGCCCUGGCGAGGGCGCGAUCGCGGGCCUGCCCGGGGCGACCUACGUCAGCCGCGCCCUCAGCCCUGCCUUCGCCUACCGCCUCGCCCGCAACGCGGGGAAGGUCGGGGUCAAGCCGGCCCGGUACGGCAUUACAGGCAAGGGCGGACCCAAAGUCCUCCCCUACGGCUCCAGACUCGCGUACCCGGAUUGGCUGGAGGAGCUGGUGGACCGGCUGCAGGCCUUGGGCGCCAUGCAAAAGCGGCCCACCCAGGUGUCGGUCAACCACUACGUGCCCCACCCAGAACCCUACCGCCUUGUCCCGCACAUCGAUUCGAAUACGGGCCAGCAGGUGGUCAUCGUGUCGCUGCUCUCCUAUUGCUGCCUCGACUUCUACCGCAACUCGGGCCGCAAGGAUCUCAGCGUGCUGGAUCCGGAGGACACGCGGGAGCCGGCGGUGAGUCUGCUGCUCGAGCCGGGCAGCGCGCUCAUCCUGACUGGAGAGGCCUACCGAGAGUUCGGGCACGGGAUAGCUCCGCGGCUCACGGACGAGGUGAGCACCGAGCUGGGCAACUACCACCUGCUGACGAGCCUCGACAAGAGCGCCACCACCACUACGACGCGAAGCGCACGCAUUUCCCUCGCUCUGUGGAGCCCAGAAUGA